AUGUCGUCGAAUUCCUCCGAGAGGACCAUUUCCGCCGGCGGCGGCUCAUCCCCGACCGGCACCAACCCGUUAACGGGAGCUCAUCACUUCAUCUCCAUGAAGUUAACGUCCAGGAAUUUCUUAUUCUGGCGUACCCAGUUCAUUCCGUUUCUACGCGGACAGGAUCUCAUCGGCUUCAUGGAUGGCAGUUUACCGUGUCCUCCUCCGACCGUUGUCUCUCCACCCUCUGGCGACUCCAACUCUAGCGCGACCACGGCGGAACCGACCCCCAAUUCGGCACACAAGGCUUGGAUUCAACAGGAUCAAUCGAUCCUUUCCAUUCUCAUCUCGUCAAUGUCCGACGAGGUUCUCCACCUUGCAGUUGGCCGAAAUACCGCGGCUAAGGUUUGGCGAUCCGUCUUCACGGCGUUAGGCUCCAACACCCAAGCAAGAUGCCUCAACUUGUUGGGGCAGUUUCAGUCUCUCCGGCAAGGAAACUCGUCGCCGACAGACUACCUCGGCAAAGCGGAGCUUCUCGUCGCAACGCUUGCACAGGCCAGGCAUCCUCUGUCGCUUGCAGAACAGAACUUGUACGAGCUGAGGGGCCUUCGACCGGAGUACAUGUCCUAUGCAGCUUCCCUCACCGCCAAUUCGUCGGUGACUCUCCCGCAGUUGGCCGACUACCUCCAAGCUGCUGACUUCAUUCUCACCGAUGACUAUCUUCCGGCGGGAGAUGGUGUUCCAGUGGCGUCGCAUGCGGCGCUCUAUGCUGAACGUGGUCGUGGUGGCCAUGGCAAUCCGCAUGGCAGUGGUGGACGACGAGGAGGCCGGAACAGCAACAAUGGCCACGGUGGACGCGGCGGCCGGGGUCCCCCAAGGUGUCAGAUUUGCCGAGCUCAGGGCCACACCGCCGUUUAUUGUUAUAAACGGUACUCCACUCAACCACCUACACAAGCGAACAUUACGGUCUCCGGCGACGCGACCUCGGCUCCCGUACCCUCGACAGACGCAUGGUAUCCCGACACUGGAGCCACCGCGCACGCCACACCGGAUGCCGAAAUGUUGACAACCUCGGAGGACUACAAUGGCUCGGACACGUUGAGGGUUGGAAACGGUACAGGUUUGGCUAUCUCACAAAUUGGCCAUACAUCUAUCCCAUCCGUGUCCAAACAAUUACUCAUGUAUAAUGUGUUGCAUGUUCCUACAUUAACCGUCCCCGUUAUUAUCUGUACCAAAAUUUACUAG